UACUCCCAAGUGCAAGUGUCUUACAGAGAAAUGUAAAUACUUUAAGCCUUUUAUUGGUGCGCAGAGUUAUCAACACCCUUGUCAGCAGAUGGAGCAGAGCUCCACAUCGUUACAAUCCGUCCACAGAAAAAAAUCCAGAAGAAUUCCUCUCCCCUCCCAAGCUCCCUCCGUCCGCGGAAGAUGCGAUGGGUGGGACUGGAGGCACCUCUCCGUUGCCUUUACGCCCGUGCUCAGCAGAAGACGGAGGCAGCAGGCCUGCCUGGGGAGCGGCGCUGAGAGACGGCAGCCCUCCCACCCUUCUGCGAGGGGGGAACGCAGCGGAGCCAGCCCCUCUCCAGGCAGGGGGAGCGAGCCUGGAACAAACGUCGCCUGCGUUGUGGGCAGAGCCGCGAGCAGGGGAAGCCGGGAACAGAACACAGACCUUACACGCUCCUCGGCUGAGUCACCAGAGUGUAUAAAACAGAGCCCGGCAGCUCGCGUUGCGCGAAAGGGGAGGCACGAGGCAUCGGGACUCUCGGGCAGAUCUUGCAACUAACUGUAAGCCAUCCAGCAGGAAGAUGCUCUCCUUCUUGCUCAUCAUUUGUCUGCUGGCAAGAAACACAGCAUCAGGCCUGGUGAGCAGAGCAGAGCCUGCAGCAUCCAGGGAUGUCACCACCUUUUUCCAGCUGGCUCAGGGAGACCACUGGGAGAACGUUAAUCUCACCAGCAUGUCCUGCGAGGAUUGGAAGAACAGGACAUGGAUCACCCUGCAGCUGACCAACAGCAGCCUGACGGCUUUCCCCAUCUGCCUGCCAGAGGCCCUGCAGACCUUGGAUCUCAGCAACAACCUCUUAGAAGAGGUGAAUGGCACAGAAAUAGCAAAUCUCCCACAGCUGCGCAUCCUAGUACUGAGGCAGAACCUUCUCCAGGCAGUCAAGUGGGGGUCGGAAACCUUCAGCAGCCUUCAUUCACUGGACUUAAGCUUUAACAAGCUGUCCUCUGUGCCAUCGUGCCACACCUCUUCCAUGCCUAACCUGAGGUGGCUGUCCUUGGCUGGAAAUCCACUGAUUGAAAUCCAGCCACUGGCUUUUUCCUGUUACCCCCAGCUACAGUUCCUGAACCUCUCCACAACUCUGCUUGGGCAGGAAGGCAGAAGGGGAAUUCAGGAGUCUGCUUUUGCCAUCAGUCUCUCCCCUGGCGAUGCCCUGCACAGUCCCGAGAACACCAUCAGCGUGCUUGAUCUGAGCGGGACCUUUCUCGAGAGAAUUCAAGUUGAGUGGACCAGAGACUUGCCCAACCUCAGAUUUCUUCACCUGACAAAGAUGCCAAAAUUACAAAGUCUUGAUACCGACUUCAGGUCUAUGCCUCACCUCAGAGAGCUGAACUGCCGUGACUCCCAUUCUCUGGGUUUUGUGAGGACAGAGAUGUUUGAAAGCACACCUAACCUAAGCCAUCUCUCCUUUCAAAACUGUAACCUGAGUUCCUUUAAUUCUUGGAACACCAAUUCCUCAGACAGUAUCAUCAUCAACUUGCAUGGAAAUCCUCUGCUAUGUGACUGUAGGCUCUCCUGGCUGCUCUCCACACCCAAGAUUGUGCUGCAAAAGGUUUUGGACACUUUUUGCACCACAUCCCAAGAAAACGGGGACAGGCCUUCAGUUUCUUUUUCACUGCAAGAUCUCUACAGUAAAUGCCAGGCUGAGGAGGAUAUCUCACUGCCCGAUUCAAACACACCCUCCAGCCAAGGAGACGCUUUCAGCCUUGCCAGCUACUACACCACGACUGCAGCAAUGACAACAGACUCUGCUCCGCUAACCAAAGACACUUACAUUCGUCUGAAUGAGGAAGCCAGUGUAAUGAGCACAACCUCAGCCAACCCAGCUGAGCUGAUGCUCACGAAAGCCAACAGUUCCUCCCCCGAGGACGAGGCAGUUUCCGAAUCCAUGAGCCAUCCCCCUUUCCUUGCAUCUCUAACCACCUCCCCCGGUUUUCUCAGAGAGCUCUACAGCCAGACCACGGAUUAUGGCUCUGUGAGUCAAACUGAAACACUGAAGCAGCUCCAAGGAGAGCUCAGAAAAACUCACAUGGCAUUUCCCCAGGAACGCCUAUUCAGCCAGCCCACUAGCGAGCAUUCUACUCCAGCAACAGGAAAACCAGAUGCCAUUCCCCAUUACAUUCACUCCUUUGCUGUGGAAAGGACACCACAAACAAAUCUACGGCAGCCAAACUCCACAAAGUCCAGCACUCAGUCAGCAUCCACACCCACCCGGCCACGGAUCCACUACGUAGAUGACUACGAAUACAGCGAGGAGACAACGGAACCCCCUGUGCAACAAACGUACACCUCCUGUGACUACAACCCAUGCAGACACCUUCAGAAGCCGUGCAGCGAACUUCAGAGAGCAUCCCCAUGCUUAUGUCCUGGCAUGUCAACAGAAAAUGAAAUUCCAGACCCGCCGAGGCUCAGAGAGGUGUCUGAAGUCACAGACAGCUCUGCACAGAUACACUGGUGCGCCCCAAACUCCGUUGUUCGUACCUAUCAGUUGAUGCUCCGUGACCAAGGCGAUGAGGAAGGACAGCUUGUCCUGGAGAACAUUUACUCCACAGCGAGGCAGUACACCCUGUAUAACCUCUCCCCAUACACCACUUACCACGUUUGUGUGACUGCUUCCAACAGCGCAGGGUUAAGCCACACAGUAAACCAAGGAAUUGCAGGCAAUUCGUGCGCCAGGUUCAGGACAAAGCCCAGCUACAAGUCUGUCUUUGCUGCUCUGUCUGCAGCAAGUGGACUCUUCCUCAUUUCCACAAUUAUUUUGUCCAUCUGUCUGUGCAAGGCACGUAAGAAGCCUCACAGUGAGCAGUACAGUACGCAUCUAGUCUCCUACAAAAACCCAGCAUUUGAUUACCCAUUAAAGUUACAAAGUGCAGAUUAGCACUAGGUGAUUGUUCUACACAUUCCAAGGUCGCUAUCUCUAUCACUUUGGUAUGUUUUCCUUUAUCAAGAAGUCCUUCAGCAAAAAAAAAAAAAAAAAGGAAA